ACGCGUGACCUUGUGUAAAUCCGUCGAUGGUUCCCCUUUCUAUCCGGUCGAUUCUAGCGACAGAUUCCUGCGGGAUCUAGCUUGUCAAGUGUCGAAUAUAUUUAGAGAUCGGUGUUCGGUUGGCGACCAGUUUCCGAGUUGGCGCGAGAACGGUUCGUGACGGGAGCCUUCUUGACUCUCCGCCGUCGUGGAAUUCCGCUCUUAGGGAAGAGAAUCUAGUCUGGCAGACUAGAGAUGACCGAGGAUCCAACAGCUCAGUGAGAGGUGCUCCACGCAAGGCAAGGGCCUAUACCCUUCCCACGCGAAGCCCGGAAUUCCCUACUAUUGGAGAAGGGUGCACCUGUGCAUUAUAUGCUCUGAGUUCGCGAAUUCGGGGAGCCUGGAAAACCCCGAAGUGCCGGAGGCAGUGAAGUGCUUGAAUACAUAAAUUUCGCCCCCUCUCCUACCAAGAAAUGCACGUAGAGAUGCAUCUCACCAAGUCGAUGAACGGUGGCCGCUUAAGUAAUGAAGAUGCAAACGGAAAUGAGGCUUUCAAUGGAUACAUCGAUAUCGAUACAAGUGAAGGCAACGAACUAGGCUGCUGCUCGAAGCAAAUCUUGAGAUGUACCGAUCCUAGGAGAUGGCUGGAGCUCCUCCCGAUCAUCACCUGGCUACCCAAGUACAGCUUCCAGGAUCUCUAUGGAGACACGGUGGCUGGUAUCACAGUGGCUCUGACCGUGAUCCCGCAAGGGCUUGCUCUUGCCGGCGUGGCUCAACUGCCGCCUCAAUAUGGACUGUACACAGCCUUCAUGGGUAGCUUCGUGUACAUAUUCGUCGGAUCGGCGAAAGACCUCACAAUUGGACCAACCGCCAUAAUGUGCAUAAUGACUAGUCAAUACACGAAAUUCGGUGGACCGACGUACGCCGUGCUCCUCGCACUAUUGUCUGGAGUCGUGCAGCUUUUACUGGGUUUGUUGAAUCUAGGAUUUAUCAUCGACUUUAUCUCGGGCUCUGUGAUCUCAGCUUUUACAUCUGCCGGCGCAUUGACAAUCGCAUCAACACAACUGAAGGGUCUGACCGGAAUCCCGAUCAAUUCGGAGCAUUUGAUCGACGUCCUCCGACAACUUGUCGCCAACUCCUACAAAAUAAAAUGGAACGAUACAAUCCUCGGGACGAUCUGCAUUGUUGUUCUGCUGGCUCUUCGGUACUUCCGAAAUCGUCGGGUAAACGUGGAUACGUCCCGCCUCCCAAAGUUCCUGUCGAAAGUUGUCAAUACAGUCUGGUUCACGGUUGUGACCGCCAGGAACGUGAUCGUGGUCUUGAUAUGCGGCGGAUUGGCCGCUGUCCUGGACGCCAGGGGUCGGAGACCUUUCGCUCUGACUGAUGAUGUCAAGGGUGGUUUGCCUCCUCUACGGCUUCCGGACUUUACCUUCACGUACAACGAUACGAAAACGAACUCAACGACAACAUUGACAUUUCCCGAAAUCGUGGCCGAUCUGAACAUGGGUAUCGUCGUGAUUGCGCUUCUAUCGAUCCUCGAAUCCAUCGCAAUCGCGAAAGCUUUCUCAAAAGGAAAACGUUUGAACGCAACACAGGAAAUGGUGGCUCUCGGAUGCUGUAACAUUGCGGGAUCGUUCGUUUCGGCCUUUCCGGCUACGGGGAGUUUCUCGCGGAGUGCAAUCAACAACAGUUCGGGUGUUCGGACGCCCAUGGGCGGUCUGUUCACAGGCUUAGUCGUUUUGAGCGCGUUGGCUUUCUUUUCGCCCUACUUUAAGUUUAUACCGAAGGCGACUUUGGCCGCGAUCAUCAUCACCUCCGUAAUAUUCAUGAUUCACUACGAAGACGUCGGCAUCAUCUGGAGAACCAGCCGUAUCGAUAUGGCGCCGUACUUGUUCACGUUUUUCGGCUCGUUCAUAUUCGGUCUGGAAUAUGGUAUCAUGAUGGGGGUUGUCGUGGCCGUUAUCCUUUUGCUUCAUCAUAGCGCGCGACCAAAUGUUACGGUCUCAACGGUCAAGACCGAGAACUCGAGCUACGUUUCUUGCCGAAUAGACCGAACUGUGUUGUUUCCUUCAGCGCUCUACGUAACAGGGAAAAUUGGCCGAAAAAUCCGCGAAGAAGUCAGUCGAAUCGGACAGGAGACCACGUUGGUGCUUGUGGACGGAUCUCGCUUAUCGCGCGUGGAUUACACCACUUGCAUGGCUUUCAAGAAUCUGUGUGAUGAACUCGCCAAAGACAAAUCUAUCGUAGCCUUUUCGGGACUUCCGAGAGACGUUCGCGAAGCUCUCGCUGCUGCUUUAGGGGACAUGUUCAAAUGUCUCUCUUCGCCCAAGGAAUGCGACGACUUCAUUGCCGGCUUAGGAUCUACCCAAAUCAACAUCCCGGAAAGCUUAUGAUGACGACAGUCGGGUUCCGUUGUAACAAGAUACCUACAUUCUAUUGUAGAUUUCAACAAGCGCAAACACGGGAUCUUUCUCUGCGUGCUUAGUGACAAACACGUACAUCUAAAUAAGUCCGCUGAUAUAGUUUGGAGAGGCUCAUUAUUUUUGUCACAUGAUCAAGAAUCCUAUUAUAUAUUGUACAUAAGCUUAUGGUGAACGCCGUCAUGAUAUCUUACACAAUUAAAGCGGAAACUCUCAAUUUCUUA